AAUCAGAAUCAGGGACCCAGGAAGGGCAAAGAGGGGCUGUGAGCAGGUCAUUUGAAGCCUGAGUGGUGACCUCAUUAUUAUUGUUUACUUUUUCUUAUUUUACUUCUCGUUGUUUUCACCCAUUUGGGAGAACAAUCUCGAUCACCUCCUCCCGUCAUCUCAGCAAAAGGCAGCUUCCCAAGCAGCAGGCAGGCCUCAAUAAAAGGCUGGUGGGCGUGUUCCCCGCCCGAGGCCCGCAGUUGGACCGCGAGGAGGCUGGGGAAACCAUCCCACACUGGAGCGGCGAGUAUAAAGAGCCCGGCUGCAGCCGCGGGGCAGCUCUGGGCUUCGCAGGGGCACACGCAGGCCUCCUAGGUCCACAUCCGAGCCGAAUUUCAGUCCGGACACCACGAAGAUGGCACCCAUUGGGGGCAAAAAGGCCAAAAAGGGCAUCCUCGAACGUUUAAACUCUGGAGAGGUUGUGAUUGGAGAUGGAGGGUUUGUCUUUUCACUGGAGAAGAGGGGCUAUGUGAAGGCAGGCCCCUGGACCCCGGAAGCUGCUGUGGAGCACCCAGAAGCAGUUCGCCAGCUUCACCGAGAAUUCCUCAGAGCUGGAUCCAAUGUCAUGCAGACCUUCACCUUUUAUGCGAGUGAAGACAAGCUGGAGAACAGGGGGAACUAUGUGGCAGAGAAAAUAUCCGUGAGUAAACCAUACAGGGCGUUCUCAAAAGAGUGCAGAAGACACACGUCAUCCGCAAAGUUCAUCCCUAAAGCUAACAUGUUCUUCCCACUUGCAGGAGCUUCCAUCGUUGGUGUGAACUGCCAUUUCGACCCCACAAUUAGUUUGCAAACAGUGAAGCUCAUGAAAGAAGGCCUGCAGGCUGCCGGGUUGAAAGCCCACCUGAUGAGUCAGCCCUUGGCCUACCACACUCCUGACUGUGGCAAACAGGGAUUUAUCGAUCUGCCAGAAUUCCCCUUUGGACUGGAGCCCAGAGUUGCAACCAGGUGGGACAUUCAAAAAUACGCCAGAGAGGCCUACAACCUGGGGGUCAGGUUCAUUGGCGGGUGCUGUGGAUUCGAGCCCUACCACAUCAGGGCGAUUGCAGAGGAGCUGGCCCCAGAAAGGGGCUUUUUGCCACCAGCUUCAGAGAAACAUGGCAGCUGGGGAAGUGGUUUGGACAUGCACACCAAACCCUGGAUUAGAGCCAGGGCCAGGAAGGAAUACUGGGAGAACCUUCGGAUAGCCUCAGGCAGGCCGUACAACCCUUCAAUGUCAAAGCCGGAUGCCUGGGGAGUAACCAAAGGAACCUCCAUGCUGAUGCAGCAGAAAGAAGCCACAACUGAGCAGCAGCUGAGAGAGCUCUUUGAAAAACAGAAAUACAAAUCUGCGUAGUAGCCUCAGUGGAACCCAAUUUUGUGAAUUCUUCUAUGCUUGGGCCACAGUUCUUAAAAAUAAGGAAAAGAUGGUUAAAAUACAAUGCUCCUAUUAACGCCAGCCUAUACAUAAAAUUGGUAUGAGCUGAACAAAAUAGAAUUACAGACAGCACUUGACAAUUUUAAAAGUAUGUUUUAGAAAUUUCCUUAGAAGCAAAAUAAGUACGAAGUAAAUCUUAAGCAGGUUUACUAAGAACCCACUGUGUAGAAGGCAUUAAGGAAAUCGCUGUGGCCAAGGAAGAGUAAUUCUGACAUUAAUCCCGACUUCAAGAAGCUUGCAGGCUAGUGAGGAGGAUUAGACAUGAACUGUCAUAAAUGGCUCCGUGACCAGAUUGGGACAGAUAAAGUGAUAUAGGGAAGUGACUUCCAAGCUCCUUCGAACAUGACCCUUAGCAAGAAAUACAAUUUCAUAUAAUGACCCAGUAAGGCACAUACCAUACAACCACUGAAAUAAAAUGUGUGGUCUAUUCUGGUA